GGCAUUGGUCGACCCUUUACCGAAGGCUGUCUGGUCUCCCCCACCCUUGCCAAGCUAAACAUUCAUUUCUGUCUAAUUCAAACGUGCGUGUGAGACGUCGGUCUCUGCCCGCUCUGAACCCUCCCUGAUGGGCGGCUGGUCCCGCAGUGCUGUCCUGCAGCUGUACCGAGCGCUGCUCCGUGCAGGUCAACACCUACAGUACACCGACCGCGACUACUACCGGCGCGCAGUGACCCGAGAGUUCCGCCGCUGUCAGACCCUCAGCGGCCCAGCAGAGAGGGAGGACGCGCUGAAGAGAGGACAGUUCUUCCUCAACAGCAGGCUGGGCGGCUUGGUGUAGAAGUGACCCAUCAGCACCAGACAGUCUGACUGCUAGCUGGGAGGGAAAAGAUCGAUGGCAGGAGUGAACGGGGAUCGGAAGGGGAAGAAAGACGACAAUGGGCUUGGCACAGCGAUCGACUUUGUGCUCUCUAAUGCAAAGCUGGUGCUGGGAGUCGGGGGAGCAGCCAUGCUCGGGAUCGCCACACUGGCGGUCAAAAGAAUGUAUGAUCGAGCUCUCAGUGCUCCAUCCAGUCCCACUAAAGCCGACCCGUCAGGACGGAGAAGCUGGGAGGAGCCAAGCUGGAUGGGGUCGUCACAACGGACACUGAACCGUGACAUGAAACAGAACGUCAGCCGCUCUCUACAGACGCUCCCUACCUCCUCCAGCUCCUUCAAGCCAGAUUCUUUACAUCGUGUUAUGGGCCGCGGUGGUGGCGGCUCUGGUAAGGCUGAACUCCAGAGAGCACGGAUCCGUCUCUCACUGCAGGAACACCUCUGGGCCUUCUUUAAUGAGCGAGUAGCGAUCCCCUCAGAAGAGCAGGCCGUAGCUCGUCGUGCCGCGUUGGAUAUCUGUGCGGAGCUUCGAUUCUUCCUCCACGCCAAACUGCCUGAUAUGCCCCUACGAGAAAUGUACCUAAGCGGCAGUCUGUAUGACGACCUCCAGGUGGUGACUGCUGAUCACGCCCAGCUGAUGGUACCCAUGAUCCUUGAGAAGAAUCUAUGGUCCUCCAUUCCUGGUGAGGACACCAUCAUGAACGUUCCUGGCUUCUGGCUGGUUCGUCGGGAAAACCUUGAGUACUUCCCACGUGGAAGCAGUUACUGGGACCGUUGUAUUGUGGGUGGUUACCUUUCCCCAAAGAGUGUUCUCGAAGUUUUCGAGAAGCUCGUCGCUGGAUCCAUCAACUGGCCCGCCAUCGGUAGCGUUUUAGAUUACGUCAUUCGACCCGUGGUCCCAUCGGAAACGCUUACGUUAGAAGUGCAAUAUGAAACGGACCGCUGUCUUUACGUGGACUUCCUCCCGUUGCUCGUUAUGGAGGACGGCGUCUCACUGAUCGCCAAACCACAUCGUUUGGCUGCCGAACGGCACGAGAACCUGUGGAGGCAAAGUUUUCGCGUGGCGGAAACAUCAAAGUUACGUGCCCUUGAUCAGGAAGAUGGCGGGUGCCGUUGCGCAUGUCUUAAAGUUGUUAAAGCCGUGUGUAAACUGAAUCCAGCGCUAGCACGAUUAAACGCAAGCCAGCUCACUAACGCAAUCCUUCUCCUGAGCGAACAGGAGGGCGAUUGGACUCAAGAAGCACUCGCCGACCGUUUCAUGCAGGUGCUUCGUGCACUAGUGGGACACCUAGAGGCUGGGAGGCUACCCUGCAUCCUAAAUCUCAAAGUCAAUCUGUUCUGUGAGCUAACGCCACAGGAAAUAGACGAACUGGGAUACACGCUCUACUGCGCGUUGUCCGACCCAGAAAGCCUUUUGAGAACUGUUUAACAACUCCUCCACACAUACACUACCACUGUUUGUUUGAGUUGAUACACAAACCAAAAUAAUGGCUAUGUUUUCAUUUGUGUUCUGAGUAGUUGGUAACCUCAAUUGUUUUUUAAUUAUACCAUCAUCAUUUAUUUUCAGGUACAACAAACUCAUCUGUUAGUCAUAUUUUAUAUAUGGCCUAUCACAAAUCAUUUAGGUGUUUUUGUCUUUCCUGAUUCACAGUGAAUUGGUGUGAAGAUUAUAUCGUCUAUAUGUGAUAUUCUUAUAAAUUCAGGCACAGUCAUCUCAUAUGUGUCCGUUAAUGCACAAAAUGCAUUGAGAUUUCAUGGAGGUAAUUUGGCAUGUUACAGUGAUACAUCAAUUUUUUUAUGUUCCCCAGUUGUUGUUGUUUUAUGUGGAACAUAGUUCAGUAUUUCCUUGAUUUGUUCAUAAACACAACAAAAGAUGAUUUCUGUCCAUUAUUCAAAAUCAAUUGCAAAACAAUAUUUUUUCUUGUUAGUUUGUGCCAAUAAAAUAUGUAGAUUACCUGUACGACAAGCAGUGCUACUGGAGAAAUGUUAUGUACGGCGUUUUAUUUGUUGGUGAUGUAGCAUACAUUGCUUUUCUUCACACUCUUUCAAGGGUCGCUUAUAGAAAUCUGAUGCUAUAGAAAUAAUUGAAACGGGUUAUUACACACUGCUGAAACCAGAAGUGAAUCAAAAGAUAUAUUUAAACUCCUUUAAAAUGGCUAAACAAAGAGUAGAUGUGAUUUUUUUUAUUGUAUUGAAGCUGCCCAUACAGACCUCCUUAUUUCUGUAGAAUCAUUUAAAAGGUUUAGGAAAACAGAAAUUGAAGGAUGUUACCCCUCUUGUCUAUAUUGUAUGAGGAUGUAUGGGUUAAAAAGAGUGUUUGAAUGAACCGAAGGACAGUGUGUGCAAAAGAUAUACAAGAUGAUAAUAAAACAGACUUCAUAGAGACAUUUUCGUAUUUUUGUAUUGAUUGUACAGAUGUAACCAAAACUAUUUAUGUAAUAUCUUAAGAUCAUACUUUGUGCUUGGAGAGACAUCUGAUGGAACAAAAUAUAAAAUAGGCUAUGUUUCUGCUAUGAAAUGCCAAAACUCAAAAGAUCAUGUGUAUUGAAGCAUUUAUUUUGCUUGCAUAAAAACCGGAACACCUGUGUCAACCUGUGUGAUGUAGACACUUACCUAGCGAAUGAUAUGAAAGCAGCACCGAACCCAAAGUAGAUCUGCUUGUGGAGUUCAGCUUGGCCUAGUACUUUGCAUGUGAUGCGUCUUAAUUUCCUGGUGAUUAUUAUUUUUACCAAACAGCACUUUGUAUCAUUUGUUCUGUAAGAGUUGUGCCUCUGGUCUCUGUACUGCAAUAGAGAGCAAAGGAUGGCAAGAAAAUUAAAUAAAAUGGAGAGAAACUGUA